UCCGGCAUCCAUGACUGUUGACGCUUCGACUUGGAAUAUUCGGAAAUAUGAAUUCUGAAAUAGAGCCUCACAUCACAAAGAAGUAUGAAAUAAAGAAGAGGCUUGGAAAAGGGGCAUAUGGCAUCGUAUGGAAGGCAAUUGACCGUCGCACCGGGGAGGUGGUGGCGGUCAAGAAGAUUUUCGAUGCUUUCAGGAACCAGACAGAUGCCCAGAGGACGUUCCGAGAGAUCAUGUUCCUCCAGGAGUUCGGGGACCAUCCCAACAUCAUCAAGUUGCAUAACGUCAUCAAGGCAGAAAAUGACAAAGACAUCUAUCUCGUCUUUGAGUUCAUGGAAACUGACCUUCACAAUGUGAUCAAGAGAGGCAACAUUCUGAAGGAUGUACACAAACGAUACAUCAUGUACCAGCUGUUCAAAUCCACCAAGUAUCUUCACUCUGGCAAUGUGAUCCAUCGAGAUCAGAAGCCAUCCAACAUCCUGCUGGACAGUGAAUGUGUGGUCAAACUGUGUGACUUCGGUCUUGCACGGUCACUCACACAGAUCGGCAUGGACGAAACAGGUGACCCCAAUCUGACAGAGUACGUGGCCACACGCUGGUACAGAGCCCCUGAAAUCCUGCUUGCAUCACACAGAUACACCAAGGGUGUGGACAUGUGGAGUCUAGGCUGUAUCCUGGGGGAGAUGUUGAUAAACAAGCCUCUGUUUCCAGGGUCAUCCACCAUCAACCAGAUUGAGAGGAUCAUGGCCUCCAUCCCAGCACCCUCCAGGGGAGACAUUGAGAGCAUCAAGUCAGCAUACGGGUCAUCUGUGUUGGAGAAAGCCGCUAUGAGACCAAAACGAAGACUGGAAGACAUGUUGCCAGAAAGUCCAGAGGCCAUUGACCUUGUUCGCCUCUUGCACUUUAACCCCGACAAACGCAUCACAGCCGAUGAGGCAGUGCGGCACCCAUAUGUAGAAAGUGAGCUGGACAUGAUCAUGCAGAAGAAGGCAGAGCGGCGCCGGCGCCGAAGGGAAGAAUCACGGAGUGCACAGCAAAGACAGCUGCAGCAGCAGCAACAGACAUUGAUGGCUGCCGGGGACUCCAGCAGCAACCUUUCCCCUCCACAACCAGACCCUGCCAUGAAGGAGAACGUGUCCGGACCCUCCCCAAAGUCUGCAUCCAGGGGAGGCCUUGUUGACAACCGACAUCACUCCUCCUUCACAAAUGUUGCAUUUGGUCGAACAACCUCCCAUGAAGCUCAGCAGAAGGCCCUGAUGAGACAGCGUAGUCUGGACUAUCUAAAUGGGCAGCAACACUCUGUCGCCGCCAAUGAUGCAUAUCCUCCAAUCCAGCAAAACCAGAAGAACCGUCAAGCAUCAGCCCCAGCAGUGACUCGGGGUCAAGGUCGUCCAAUAUCUGGUGCCUUCAGAAACCCUGUGAUAACCCGGGGUUGGGAGGAGCGACAGGGGGGUUGGGGGCUGACAGUCACAAGCUCACGAAUGGUUCCAGGACAGCGGCCCUCCUCAGCAUCCAACCCCCGUCCCAAGCCUGUGUAUGGCCGCAAGCAGUUCAGCAAUGCAGUCAACAACCCAUCUACAGGAGCACACAAAGCUAGCUUCGGCAGCUACACACAGUCAUUCGGAACCAUCAGCGCCAGUGGGCUGGCGGCCAUUCAGAGUAAAAAGACUUGAGUGUCUGAGAUCUGUGUGUACAUAGACGGAACUGGCAGGGAGAGGGAGCCACAAGGCAAAGGAGUCGAGUCAGACUGCAACCUUUGUACAUAUGAAGAGCAUCAUGUUGCACUGUGUGUUAUUCAACAGAGCACCAUCUGAUCCUUAGUGAUGCCACGGUGCCACUUGUAUUUGUACAUAACGUGGUGAAGCAAAGGGAUAUGUCAUGUAUGACUAUUUUCACUGAAGGCUGAACCUCAAUAUCACAUUCAACCUGGUUGAGAUCUAAACUGGUUAGAUUGCCAGGGAACCUUUUAAACGCAUCAUUCCAUAAAAUACAUGUUUUUAUUUCUUCACUGAUUCAUCUAGGGUUGAGUUGUGUAUAGUUCAUUAAGUUUUAAUUAGUUUCAUUGUUUUACAAUAGCGACUUCCUGAUUGGUGGAUAUGCAUGAAGGUCGCCUGUCGCCAGUUUUUAUCUACAUGUGUUACCAACGGGGGUGGCACCAAUUUCUGUCAGCAGAUACAGUAACAACAGUUACACCAUUGCCAGUCACUGUACAUGUAUGUUGCCAACAAGGCACCAUGUCACCAUCAGGCACCAUGUCGCCAUCAACUCCAUGUGUUCUUCUGACUAAUAUGUGGCGCCAUGUCUCUGGUAGACGGUUGAAUUUGAGGUGUUAACUGACUCCAACUAUAUAUUCCUGUGUGGCAUUUACAUCUGAUUAUGUUAUAUACAUUCCUUGUGUCCAGAAUCCGUGCCCUGGACGUGUCUGUGUGUUGAAUGUGUUGGACCCACAAGCCAAUAAGUUGUCAUUGCUGGUGUAAGCAACAGUUUUGGAACAGUAUUAUUAUAUUGUCUUGAGUUUUAUUUACAUCUCUCCAUGCCCAGUGGCUGAGGGAAGAUUAUAUAGUGGCACAUGCUCACAAAGAUCUGUAUAUAUAAUGUAUUUUGUAACAGGUGCCCAGUGUAUGAAUGUAAGGCAUGUGCCCAUAAAGCUGUAUGUUUGUUUUGUACAUGUCUGUAUAUAUCUGUUAAUUUAAUGUCUGCCCCUAAAAGUACACAGCUAAAAGCCAAAUGUUAAACAAGUGAGUAAACAGAUGAGUAUACGUGCAUUGUGUAUCCAGCUGGUUGUGCCUGCAAAACCUCUGCAACAAUAUAAGGGGCAGUGGGUUAGCCUAGUGGUUAAUGCAUUUGCUCAUUAUGCUGAAAACCCGGGUUCGAUUCCCCACGUGGGUACAACCUGUGAAGACCAUUUCUGGUGU